CUCUCCGCUCCUCCAAAAAAUGCUCUCAGGUCGGGCUCUCACUCAGGCCGCGCGAUCGGCCACCGGCCAGGCUUCAAUCGCUCCCCGGGCCGCCUUCCGAUGCUACGCCCAAGCUGCCGCUUCCGCGUCGACGAGACCACCGGUUGCAAUCUACGGCAUCGACGGAACCUAUGCCAGCGCUCUGUACACAGCGGCCGCAAAGACCUCCGCCCUCGACAGCACCUCCAAAGCCCUCGAGACGCUCGCCGCCGUCUUCAAGAAGGACCCGAAGCUCAACACGGUGCUCCACGCCCCCAUGCUCACCGCCAGUGACAAGGACCAGAUCGUCGCCGAGCUGGCCAAGCAUGUCGGCAAUGUAGAUAAAGGAGAUAUCGUCAAGAACUUCCUGAAGACUCUUGCAGACAACAACCGAUUGGGCGUUUUGGAGUCUGUUACCGAUAAGUUUGCUGUACUGAUGGGCGCUGCGAGGGGCGAGGUUGAGCUCACGGUUACUUCGGCUGCUCCUCUCGACAACAAAACCCUCACCCGGUUGGAAAGCGCCAUUUCCAAGUCGCAAUAUGUCGGACAAGGCAAGAAGCUCAAGGUUGUUCCCAAGGUCAACCCCGAUAUCCGCGGUGGCCUUGUCGUCGAGAUCGGCGACCGAACCAUCGAUCUGAGUGUUUCGUCCAGGAUGGCUAAAAUGAACAAGAUGCUCAAGGACACUUUGUAAAUAUAUACCUCGAAAACUUGAUAGCUUGCGCAUGAAGUGGCGAAGCGUGUACUCUCUAGAUAGGUUCGCCAAUCUGCUUUGUUCUU